CGCGCUGUGUUCGCUUCCUGUUCCUCUACGUUUCUCGGUUCUCGAGGGUCUCGAUUCUUCCGUUUCCGCCGUCACGGUUCCUUUUUUCGACACACAUCAAACACCCGUCCUGCUGGAGCUGUUGCCGAUUUUGUUCCGCGUCGGAAGUGGCUGAGGGAUUGCGGAUCUUCCGGAAGACACUGGCUGAAGAUUUUUGGUGAAAAGUGUCCGCGAUGGUUGCAUGUUCUGCCGCGUGGCGGCGCUGCUGCAGCGUUGUGGUGGUGUGCGGCCGUGAGUGACUGCCGGAUUCGAGCAGUGGCAACAACUUGUUACCAGGACCAGCUUGCAGCAGCAGGGUGGAAAGUGCUAUAGUGGUCGAUUCGAGUUGGCAAGCAUGGCCGCCGGGCCCGGUUCAGUGUUCCGUCGAGUUCGGGAAGAAAAUUGGUAAAAUCGUGACGAAACGGGAUCCGCGGGUGUCGUAGCAGGUUCCUGCGACCGGACAGCGGUGCCGUGCACCAGAAGCUACUCGAGAACCGACCGGAAGUGGACUGGAACGGCUGGAAUGCGCCGAUGAACCGUGCGUGACUCAGUGUUGUGUAAUUUUCCACGAACCAUUGGGUUUGCCGUCGCGAAGGAGCACUCUGCACCCGUUGGAGCGAUACUCCUCGAGCUGUCUGUGAUUCGGCUCCACCUUCCGCCGGGUCCAGCACCCCGGAUGUCCGGACUGGCCCGCUCCCCCAGUUGGCUACUUGUUGCAUCGAGCUGUAAUAAUUACAUCCCCCCACACACAUUAGUGCAAGUCCCAAAAGAGUGAUGACACUCUCCGAAAGAGUUGAGCCGGAAGCAAUUAACAUAACCUAAAAAAUACAACGAAAGCAAUAUCCUUCCUGUGAAGUUAAAAAAAAGUAACAAAAAAGAAAACAAAAAGCGAUAUAAAUAUCUAGCAAUUGUUUGGAAUCAAAUUCCCCGCUCCGUUACGAUCGAAGAUGAUAGCAAUAAAUAUUUUAUACUCCAAACUUUCGAAACAAAACAAAUAAAAUAAAUCAAUACGUCACGCGGGUCGCGCGCGAGUGCAACCUAAUCGAAAGAGAGAGCGAGAAAGAGCAACAACGAGCAAAGAGAGAGCGCGAGCGAGAGAGAACGAUCGAAACAAAAAAGCAAUUUCACUACCCCCAGUGCAUAACAACAAGUGUUUUACGAUUGUUUUCCCUAAACACAUAAAUACACACAUUGACUUACCACCCCCCCUCUCGGACACAAUUUUGACAGUUCAAACGCACCCACACAAACACACGCAGGUGUGAGCGCAGAAUACACAAACAGGUCGUCGUUACAGCGCGCAAAAAUCAACAACAGCGCUCUCUGUCUCGCUCUGGUGCGCACAUGUGUCGGGGACGACGACGGCACCAACACCAGUAGCCUACUUUCGGGCGUAAAGAAGGAAUCAGCGCCACCUGGUGGAGGAAAAAAGCGGGAAGGAAGAGCGCGCGCGGGUGAACCAUUAAAACAUAUUUCAUAAAUCCAACAAGUGUGUUGUUUUUCGGACGACCCGUCGCCGCCACCGCCGGGCCACCCCCCGUCCAGCUCGGAACAAGUUUUAUUUUUAUCGAUUUAUUAGCCACUGUGCGCGGGGUAGGUGGGAUACCAUCUCCAGGUGAAUAUCCCACGGGCAUAAAUAACGUUAUUAGGCACCCCUCGCACCAUGCCCCGUUGCUACAUCGUGAAGAAGCAGACCGCGGUCCCGGCCUUUGGCCGCUUCCCAACCACUAAUGGCCCCCACCAGGUCACGUUUAUUGGCGCGGGUACCGGUGGAAGUACCGGUGCGGGUGCCACCACAACAGUUGGAACGCCAACGGAAGUGGGAAAUGUGAUUGUGAAUCAUAACGGCACCAUGGCCACGCUGGGAGCGUCACCCGGGGUCAUCUGCGGUCCCGUCGUCGGCCAGGGAGGGACCCCGGGAACCGCCGGAAAUGUGAUUAUACUGAACAGCGUGAGCGUAAUCAGUGGAGGUCCCGCCGGGGCAGGUGGGGUUACGCUGGGUUCGCCCGGGGGUGGCCAGAUGAGUGGGGUGAUACACCACAUCGAGGACACCAGCAGCAGUAGCGCCGGGCCGACCAGCCCGACGGAGGCGUGCGUUGCGCCGAUCUAUUACACCAAUAUAGCGGAGAAUCAGAACGGAUUCUCAAUCCAGCUAAGCGAUUACCGGAACAUAAAAUGUGGGCCAAACACCGUCAUCUCCUCCUCCUCCUCCGCCGCCAGCGCCACCUCCGCGGCCAGUCUCAACAAGGCCACCGCCACCAACAUUAGCCACGUGAAAGCUAAUGCCACCAGACAUUUAACGGUAAGUGCUUCCUCAAACCAUUCCGUCGUCAACCAGUCGCCUUCGGCAGCUUCAGCAACAGCAGCUACAGCCACAGCAGCAGCAGCAACAUCAACAACAACGGUGCUAAAAUCCGGCCGUAGCCAUAAUAAUUAUCCGAAUAAAAGAGAACAACAGAUGUUAAUUUACACGCAGCCCUCAUCAGAUAAGAGGAAGGCAGCAGAUAAAUCACCCUCGCCAGCGGCGGCCACGUCCAGCACCACCACUUCCAGCCAGCAAAACACCGCCGAAGGCAGCAGUACAACAGGUCGUCAGUUCCCGUUUGACACCACCUCGCCGAUAUUCCGCGAUCGGAGCAUCGAAGAAACGGAAGCGGCGCAUGAUUUAUUGUCCUUAUCGCAAAGUUUGCCACCACUUCCGGCACCGUGCGUCGUGACGAUUCUUCAUCCCGGCGGGGGUAACAUCCAGCAAGCGGUCGAGCAACACGGCAGCAGUGCUGUUCAACCGCAGGAGCUCAACGCCGGGGUCAUCAACAUUGUUGACGGUAACUACCAGUGCCCACCGGGCGCGGUCAUCAUCCCAUGCUACGAAAUCACCACGACGACGCAGCCGGUUCCGACGGUUGUCAAGACCAUUGCGGCGACCCCGCUCACACCUCCAACCUCGGAACACUCGUCCGACACGGACAGCAACGGCUCCUCACCGUCUACCGUGGUAACGUCUUCCAACAAGCGCAACAACCGGAAAUCAUCCGGAACUUCCGCCAAAAAGACCAAGUCCGGCGAACAAGCGGCAGUAUCGUCCACAACGACCAAAGCCGCCGCCGAACUGUACACCUACGAUGACCUCAUCUCCAGCGAUGGCCGCUCGAAGAACCGCAAGAAGAACCCAUCGGCGACCUCCAAAACCUCCGACCGCAAGCAACCCUCGCCGGACGCCAAGUCUCCAACUUCCACGGAAGAUCCGCAGCAAGCUGCUCCAAGCCCAAAGGGCAAGUACAAGUGCCCCGAGUGUGGCAAGCAGUACGCGACCUCCAGCAACCUGUCCCGCCACAAGCAAACCCAUCGCAGCCUCGAUUCCCAGUCGGCCAAAAAGUGUCAAACGUGCGGCAAAGCGUACGUCUCAAUGCCGGCCCUGGCCAUGCACCUCCUAACUCACAAGCUAUCCCACAGCUGCGGCGUGUGCGGCAAGCUGUUCUCGCGACCAUGGCUCCUGCAAGGUCACCUCCGCUCACACACCGGUGAGAAACCGUACGGCUGUGGCCACUGCGGCAAGGCCUUCGCCGACCGGUCCAACCUGCGGGCCCACAUGCAGACCCACUCGACGGACAAGAACUUCGAGUGCCAGCGGUGCCACAAGACGUUCGCGCUCAAGUCGUACCUCAACAAGCACCUGGAGUCCGCUUGCUACAAGGAGGACGACGUGAUGCAGGUCAACGGGCGGAAGAUCUUCCACAGCAGCCAGGACAUCGACCGGGACGAGGCCCGGCAGCGCCAGCUGCAGCUCGACGAGAACAGUAGCAUGACGAUCGAUGUGGUGACCACGACCUGUGAUUAUGACGGGGGUGGCGACGCGUCACCGGACCGGGACGAUGAUGAUGGUUUUGACGAGGAUGAGGACAUUGACGUGAUUACGGCGUAAAGUCGCCGGCGUGACUUUCCUGUUCUAUGUGACGUUUUCCUGUGAACUCUUGAAUCUUUAUCCACCUCCUUCCCUUUGUCCUUUUGAACCCUCUGUAGAGCAUUUUUGUUUAAUAGAAAUUGUGGUUUCAAAA